AUGCCGGCUGAAAUCCCUGGCCCGCCCGGUGUCCCGCUGCUGGGUAACAUCUUUGAUGUCAACCCAAGCGAAACGUGGAAUUCGCUCAAUAAAUUAGCAAAGCAAUAUGGGCCUAUUUUCAAAAUCAAUGCGCUCGGCCAUCAGAUUGUCUUCAUUGGCAGUGUCACAUUGCUCGAGGAGAUCUGCGACGAGACUCGAUUCCGAAAAUGUGUGACUGGGCCUGUUGUUGAAAUCCGCAGUGCAGUGAAUGACAGUCUCUUCACUGCCUACCACAGUGAAAUGAAAUCAUGGGAAAUCGCUCACCGUAUCAUGGCCCCCCAUGUAUCGCAAGAGGCCACGGACGCCAGCUUCGGUGAUAUGGCCGAAGUGAUUCCCGACCUCAUCAGCAAAUGGACCUCUGGAACUAAGCAAAAGUGCUUGGCUGCUGAUGAUCUGGAUCGAAUCCUUUUGGCCUCGUGUAUGAAAUGUUUCUUCAAUCAACGCGUGCAUGUGCUUGGCAAGGAUGCGGAAUCAAACAAGGCGAAGAAAAUGGUCGAUGCAUGGGAGGGCGCGACCAUGGAAGCCAUGAAGCGACCAACCCGGCCUAAGCUUCUGAAUCUGCUGUAUUCAAGUCGCUUCUCAUCCACGAUCAAGACGAUGCGCUCAUACGCUGCGGACAUUAAAGACAGCAGACUGAAGAAUCCUGACCAAACGCGCAAAGAUAUGCUAGAUGCCAUUCUCAAUGGGAUCGAUCCUGAAACUGGUGAGAAACUGACCGAUUCGCAACAUCUCGACGAAAUCGUCACCAUUUUCAUCGGCGCUGCUACCGCAGCAAAUCUCGUAUCCUGGGCUUUGUACUAUUUGAUGCAAAAUCCAGAGCCACUCAAGAAGGCUCAAGAUGAGAUCGAUAAAAUUGUGGGCAACGGCGCUCUUGACCUCGAGCAUCUCAGACAGCUCAAUUACGUCGAGGCCUGUCUUCGCGAAGCCAUUCGUCUGUCGGCGACCGCACCUGGCUUCAAUAUCGAGCCCAUUCCUCCUGCGGACAAGAAUGACAAGACACCCAUCGUUCUCGGAGGCGGCGAGUGGCAGAUCCCAAACAAUCAGCCCAUGAUUGCAAUUCUCAACUCGGUAAAUCGGGACCCAGAGGUCUUCCAAUAUCCAGAGGAGUUCCGACCGGACCAAGUCUACGGUGAAAAGUGGGAUCUUCUUCCCGCCGCCGCCAAGAAAGGCUUUGGCAAUGGGAAGCGCGAGUGUAUUGGCAAGAAAUGGGCCUGGCAGUGGUCGUUUUUCACGUUGGCGAGUAUCAUCAAGAGUGUUUCGUUUGAGCUGGAGAACAAAAACUACAAGCUUCAUGCCAAUGGCGCAUUCAGCACCAAGCCGUUGAACAUGUGGACUUUGAUGAGCCCGCGCAAGAAAUGA